UUCUCAUUCAUGGCGAUUUCAGCCUCUUCAAAUUAGGUAUCAAAGACGUGAAGAAGGAAAGAAGGAAGAUUGAAAUAUAUAUAUAUUUGCAAGCGUAUCUUUGACAGUAUUUGAAGCGCUGUAAAAGAGAUUUAGAAUGGGUCAAGCCUUACGUAAAGCUUCUGGAAAGAUCCGAACUACUAACCUUGAUCCGCCAUCUUCUUCAUUGCCUAAGAAGGUUUUGGAUGAUCGACCAAUUGUUCAUCAUGUCAAGAAGGUUUCCGUCUCCGAAGAUUUUACUGUUUCUCCGCCUUCUGAGAAAGAGCUUGGAUCAAAAGUGAAUUAUGAAAACUUGAUGGAAGAAAAGGAUCCUCAAUUUGAUGCUAUGUUAGGUCAAUUGGUGGGUAGAAUCAAAGCCAAACCUGGUGGUAAACUUGAGAUGGGUGAGGCAUCCAUAGUGGAGAAGUACAAUAGACCUUUACCCAAGCUGAGGAAUACAACAGUAGAAUCGACAAGAUAUGAGGAAAGAACUGCGCCACCAGGAACACUAAAUGUAGCACAAUUGCGCCACAUGAUGCUUCUGCAUCAAGGCAAGGCCGAGGAUCACGAUGGUCCAAUGAACGUUGAACAGAUUGCUAUGAAGUUUCAAAUUGACAUUAUACAAGUUCAGAACAUCCUUCGGUUUAUGUCUUUGCCACCCGAAAACAUUAAGAAGACAGCAACAGAAAGAGGUGGCGGUAGCUAGCUAUUUAUGCGAGGCGUGAAAACACAUGUUUUCUUGUUUCUUUUGUAAUUUUUGUUUGUAGUGUAGACUACUUUGAACUGACAUAAUCAAUGGAACUCCCUUUGUAACAAUUAUUCCAAAUAAGGAAAGGAUUAAUUCAUUCAUUGAGCCUCUUUAGAA